AUCUAGGGAAAAAAAGUAAAAAAUCAGCACAUGGAAAGAGUGAUGAUUUGUUCAUAUUUUGGCCAUAGGUUUGCUUUAAGAAACAGUGCUCCCUUCAGAAUGGAAGAAUUUAUCUGCCUCCUGUUUGAUGGGGUUCAGAGCUAAGAUGGCUGAAUAAAUAAGCAUGGGGGACUGGAAUCUCCUUGGAGGCAUUCUGGAGGAAGUUCAUAUUCACUCCACCAUGAUUGGAAAGAUCUGGCUCACCAUAUUAUUCAUAUUUCGAAUGCUUGUUCUGGGAGUAGCAGCUGAAGAUGUCUGGAAUGAUGAGCAGUCUGGCUUCAUCUGCAAUACACAACAACCAGGUUGCAGAAAUGUAUGCUAUGACCAGGCCUUUCCUAUUUCCCUCAUUAGAUACUGGGUUCUGCAGGUGAUAUUUGUGUCUUCACCAUCUCUGGUCUACAUGGGCCAUGCUUUAUACCGACUGAGAGUUCUAGAGAAAGAGAGGGAGAAGAUGAAAGCUCAAUUAAGGAGAGAACUGGAUGGGAUAGAGUUUGAAAUGCCUGCAAAUCAGAGGAGAUUAGAGCAAGAGCUCUGUCAGCUGGAACAAAGGAAACUAAAUAAAGCUCCGCUCAGAGGAACCUUGCUUUGCACUUACGUGAUACACAUUUUCACUCGUUCUGUAGUUGAAGUUGGGUUCAUGAUUGGACAGUACCUUUUAUAUGGAUUUCACUUAGAGCCUCUAUUUAAAUGCCAUGGUCACCCAUGUCCAAAUAUAAUCGAUUGUUUUGUUUCAAGACCAACAGAAAAGACAAUAUUUCUAUUUUUUAUGCAAUCCAUAGCCACUGUUUCACUUUUCUUAAACAUUUUAGAAAUUUUCCACCUAGGUUUUAAAAAGAUUAAAAGAGGGCUCUUGGGACAAUAUAAAUCGAAGAAUGAACACAAUGAAUUCUGUGCAAAGUCAAAACAAAGUCUAGCCAAAUAUCAGAGCACAUCUGCAAAUUCACUGAAACGACUCCCUUCAGCACCUGAUUAUAAUCUGAUAGUGGAAAAACAAACACACAGAGUAGCAUACCCAAGUUUAAAUUCAUCUUCUGUAUUUCAGGCAGAUCCUGACAAUCAUGACAUAAAUGAUGAGAAAAGCAUUUUGGAUGAACAGGAAACUAAUGAGAUGUACACACUUAGUACUACUUGCAGUCACCCUCAACACAUCAGCUCAAAAAAUAACAAAGACACUCAUAAAAUAUUUAGAAAAGAAGUUAAUGGUAACCACUUGCAGGAAAAAAAAGAAGUUGAUGGCAAAGAGAGCAAAAAGAACCAUUAUUCUAGAGAUCACUGUUCUAUUCCAGGUAUUGCUAUAGAUACAGACAACCACAUGGGGCAGUCACCCCACACAACUUUCUCCCUGGCAGCAGACUCCUGCACCUGGAAACCUCGGUGGCUCAGUACUACGUGGGGUCCCUCUACAGAAGAUGCAAACCAAGGGUCAUCUCCUAUAGAUAACCUCCAGGGCCAGUUCAGAGAGGGCACUAUCAGAAACCUUCCUCCUUCACAGAGAGACUUCCAACCACUUGACAUUCCAAACACUUCUGAUUCUUUGGGAGAGUGGUCCUUUGAGUCAAAGUUUAUUAGAACCUGCAACAAUUCUACGGAUUGUCCUCCAAAUCAUUUAAUGUCCUUGACAAACAACUUCAUUGGUAGGAGGGUUCCAACAGACCUUCAGAUCUGAACCGUUGUUGCUUUUAGAUAUUCUGCAUAUUAUGUCAUCAGAGUAGUAACAGUGGUGGUGGAACAUGGAGAAAAUAGAUAAGGAUAUUUCUAAAGA